AUGGCUGGUGCAUCUCCUCCUCCUAUACCUCCUAUACCACUCCCAGGCCCCCCGGCGGGAACGCUAAUCAACGGCGCUCCAGCCAGUCGAAUCACCGCCUCCAUGAACACCCUCGCGCUACUCUCCAUCCUCCGCAACACAACUCUGCGUCCCAACCGCAACCUGCUCGUCGGACCCCGUCGCAUUAUAAACGAAGAAGCAUGGCUCGCAACCCAAGUCGGCACUCUCCAAGCACGUCCCUGCACUAAUUGCAGAAAGGGAAAUGGUCCGUUUACCGAUUGUGUGGUGGCUGAUGGCCAUUUCAAAGAGGCGUGUACGAAUUGCUAUUAUGGGGGGCAGGGGAGUAGGUGUUCGUUGAGACAUGAGCAUCAAAACGCAGUAGCUCAUCUGCAAGCAGAAGCCGAAGAUGCUCCUGAUAUUCCGGGCAUGGCGCCCGCGAAUAAUUUCGGUGGCCAGCUGGGUGAUUUAGCUGGAGUGGCUAUCGGUAUUGCUCAGCAGGGUAUUGGUGCUAUUAUUAUACCCGCGCAAGGAGUGCCUCCUGCCGCGAAUGUUCCCAGUGGGGGAGGAACCGGUGGCCCGAAACGUAUUGCGCCGUUGUUGGUGGGACCGGUGGGUAUUGGGUUGGCUGGUGCGGCUGCGGGGGCUGCGGCGCUUAUAGUGGCCCCGCAAGGCGCUGGCGUAUUUGGGGGGACUAACGCUUCUAGAACGCGUGCUGCUAGAGGGUUAAGUGAUGCGGAGUUGGAGGCGCAUAGGAUUAGGUUGAGGGAUGAGUUGGCGAGAGCUUCGGCUGAGUUGGAUGCUGUUAGGAGAGAGCAAAUUAAUAGGGAGGCGUUGGGGAAUGAACACGAGGAAGAGGAGGAGGAAGAUGAUGAAGAUGAAGAUGAAGAUGAAGAGGAGGAGGAGGAGGAGGAGGAAGGGGAGGAAGAAGAGAAUGAAGAUGAAGAUGACGAUGAAGAAGAAGAAGUCGCCGCGCCGCCAGCCAAGAAACCGAAGCAUGGAAAGAAGAUUAAGAAAUGA